ACUAUAUCCCAACUUUCGUUUGUUAUAUUUCAUACUUAGUGAUACGGUUGAGAACUUCUGGUGCUACUAUAAAACAAAAUGAACAAGAACUGCUGAAGGUUGACUUGAGUCAUGUCUAACCGUUAUAGUCAAGGUGUUCGGCAGCCGUCGGACGAGUUCCCACUCACGGAAGAGGCUGUGAGAGGUUUCCAUACAAAUGUUGACGACCGUAACAGCCAAAUUGAACAAUGGCGUGACGGAUUAAACACCGGUUCACACGAUGAGUCAGUUUCUCCUGGCGAUCAGGAUGAACAUGAGAUCGGAUCAAAACACAACCGACAGCGUAAACGGGUCAGGCGGCGGAAAACAGUUGAAGGCGAGCCAGUUAUUGAUCAAAGUUUUGGUAAUCUGAAUCGAAGUUAUUCACCAUCUCCACAUGAUCGGAACGAUGGCGGACCGGUGCCUGGGUUGUUGGUCAGUCCGCCGUCCAAUUCGACCGGGUUUGGCCUGGAAAAUGAGGAAUCGGGAACAAAUGCUAUCAUGAAGUCUGAUCCAUUGGCUGUGCAUGAAAGUGGCCAUAAAUUGGGUGAAUCGAGCCUGGUUCCUAAACGACCUUCUUUGCACAUGCCGAGGAAUUCAAAAGGUGGCAGUUUCUCAGGCGCUCCAAAGCAUCGGUGUGACUCGAGGGAAGCCCUGUUGAAAAACCAAAAGAACUUUGAUGUGAACAAGGAAUACUUCAAGGAGUAUGUCUCCAAGAACUUCACCCAUCGAAUGUGCUGCCGCUAUGUCAGUGAUCCCAAGAACAAGGAGCAUUGUGCCUGUGGUCGUCACAAAGACUGGCACAGUUAUGAGGACGUGGUGAUAUUUGAGAACGAUCACUUCCGCGGUCGGGAAACAUGGCAUCCUGACACGCACACGGUCGAGGUUAAACCAGAUUCAUUUGGAGAAAUAGAAUUCAAUGGUUUCGGACGAGAAUUCGAUGUGACAGUGCCUUAUAUUCGGGCUGACUACCAAGUGGACUUUGAGGCACUCUGGGAACUUUUGACAAAUGGUUGGAACCUGCCUCCGCCCAGGCUCCUGAUCUCUGUCACUGGUGGCAAUAAGAACUUCAACAUAAAACAGAGGCUGCUGACAACAUUCAAGAAGGGUCUCAUGACCGCUGCUAGUACAACCGGUGCUUGGAUCAUCACCGGUGGAAUGUCUGCAGGCGUGAUGAAACUAGUCGGUGAAGCCGUGAGGGAGAAUGUGAUGAGUUCUGGUGGACUAAACCAGAAAGUGGUUGCUCUGGGGGUAGCAACCUGGGGGUACAUUGAUAACAAAGAGGCACUUGAGGGUGAUGAGAAUGAAGGUGCAUUCCCUUGCUCUUACAGCAUUGAGGAUCUCCGUGGUGUGCGGCACACAGCACCCCUUGAUCACAACCACACACAUUUCAUCCUGGUCGAUAAUGGCACCGAGAAGAAGUACGGUGUGGAGAUCGGGUUCAGAGCUGCUCUGGAAACGUUCAUCGCAGAGAAAAUGGAGACCCAAGUUGGAGAAAAUCAGAGUGUGAAUGUUCCCGUUGUUCUCCUCGUCCUUGAAGGAGGUAUGAGUAGUAUUGAAUCUGCAGCAGCAGCCAUCAAGAACAACAUCCCCAUCGUAGCAUUCGAGGGAUCAGGCAGGGCUGCUGACUACCUGGCUUAUGCUUACAAGAUCACCAGAAACAUCGCCAAUGAGGAUGAGACCAUUUUCCCAGAACAUUUUGACGAUAUCAUGAAAUUCAAAGCGGAGAGGAAUCUUGACUGGAGCAGGGAGACCGAGGCCAGUAAAGUGAUGAAGAUUGAUAAAUGUGUGGACUUGGCCAAGGACUGUUUGAGGGAAAGGAGACUUGUGUCUGUCUUCCAACUUGACACAGACUCGGAUCCUAAAGACAUUGACAAAGCUAUUAUCCAUGCUCUGUUGAAAGCAAACAAAUCGCAUGCGUCGACCCAACUGAACCUGGCCCUGGCUUGGAAUAGGUGUGAUAUAGCCAGAGCACAGAUCUUCCAACCAGAGAACAUGAAACACUGGAAGCAACAAACAAACAAGUUAUACGAUGCUAUGUUCAUUGCCCUUGUUCAGAAUCGUGUUGACUUUGUGCAACUUUUCCUGGAUGUUGGAGUUGAGAUGAGGAAGUUUGUGUCAGUCCGACGACUUCGUGAUUUGUACCACAAGGUUCUUUGUGACAGGCAUUCGGGCUCCAGCAGAACAUUGUUAAAGAAUCUCAUCAGGGAGGUGCAGAACACUCUCAAGUUCCACUUGUGUUUCUGUUACAACAAUAAGGAGAUGAAAGAGCUUCCCAAUCUCUUGUACAUCAUCGGGAAAGUCUUCCGUCAUCUGGUAGGAGACCAGUACCCCAACAUGUAUGAGGGCAAGGAGUUUGAAGUGUCCUACGUGAAGUUCAACUCAGAGGUGGAUAUAGUACUACCAGACGAUCAGUCCUACUCCGAGAAGGAGAGUAAUCACCAGUCUUCUGAGAGCAGUGUCAGAAAGAGUGCAUCAGCGUUUGUGGUGGAGAAUUAUGGAAGUGCUAUCCAACUGAGUGGUCAGUCACCAAGAAGAAAACGUAUCAGGAAACCACAGGAUUUCUCCAACCCUGAGCGCGAGCUGUUCAUCUGGGCCGUCUUACUCAACCGCCGAGAACUGGCUCUUCAGUUCUGGAGACAGGGGAAAAAUCAUGUUGGAAGUGCCCUGAUUGCAGCGUCCAUGUUGAAAGCGUUGUCCCAUGAAGCAGCGGCCAUGGAAGAAAUCGACCUUUCUGCAGAUUACCUGAAGCACUCAAAAGAUUAUGAGAAGUUUGCGAUUGGUGCGCUGUCUGAGUGUUAUAACAUGGACAAGCGCCUUACACACUGUGUCCUCAUCCGUACCAUUGAUAGCUGGGGUGGGACAACGUGUCUUAACCUGGCUGAUACUGGUGAACACAUGGAGUUCAUGGGACAUACGGCCUGUCAGACACAUCUUAACCGCAUAUGGAAGGGAAAUAUGGCUCUGUACACUUCCGUUUGGAAGAUUUUGAUCUCCACAGUGAUACCUAUUAUUAUAUGCUGGAUCCAGUUUGCUCCGACAGAAUCAGCUCAGUCCAGAACCAGGUCAGAAGUUGAUCGCAACAAAGUUACACCCGGGAAGGACGUCGAGAAAAAUAAGAAAAGUAAACAAGUGCGAAAGGGCAAGGUGUUCCAUGUUGGACUGACGGGAACAUCACCGGGAACAAUCGGGUUACACCGUGCAAUCUAUUACUUCUACACCGCCCCCAUUACCAAGUUCAUCUAUGCAUUUCUCUCUCAGCUUGUCUACCUUGGGUUGUUCAGUUACUUCUUGUUGACUAACUUCUACCCGUAUGACUUCCCGAAUGGUUCUCCAAGUGUCUAUGAGCUCUUCACCAUCGGCUGGACAUUCACACUCAUCGGUGAGGAGUUUAGGCAGGUCUUCACAAGAGAUCCGCAUUCCGUCCAACGGAAGGUGAGCGGGUGGUUUGUGAGCGUCUGGAACAAAUUUGAUCUCCUCAUCUAUGUGAUCUUCGUGACGGCGAUGAUUCUACGCUUCAGUCUCCAGCCACAGGAGAUCUAUUACGCUCGGAAUAUGUAUGCUGUGAGCCUGUCACUAUCGUUCCUCAGAUUCAUGCAGAUGUUCUUCUUCCAUAAGGAUAUUGGUCCGAAGGUCAUCAUGAUCAGGAAAAUGAUGGUGGACUUGAUGUUCUUCGUCAUCAUUCUCCUCGUGUUCAUCUUAUCCUACGGUGUGGCCAGUCAUGCAUUGCUCUACCCAAAUGCUGCAUCAGACUGGCUUCUUCUCAAGAAUGUGCUCUACUUGCCAUACUUCCAGAUGUAUGGAGAACUCUUCCUCGAAAACGUCGAAGCAAAAUAUGACAACACGACAGACAUAUGUUCAAGAGAUCACAAUGUUUGGAAGAACGACCCCACAAUCCAACAAUGCCCAGAGUUCAACAGUGUGGCUAUCGUCCUGUUCAUCAUAUACAUGAUCAUGACCAACAUCCUACUGCUGAAUCUUCUCAUUGCCAUGUUCAGUUACACAUUCCAAAUGGUGCAAGAAAACUCGGAGCUUGUCUGGCGUUUCCAUCGGUUUGCCCUGAUCCACGAAUAUUUUGAUCGCCCGGCAAUGGCUGCCCCAAUUAUCAUCUUUGGUCACGUGUAUCGGGUAUGCAGGCAUAUCUAUCGUAGGGCAACCAAAGCAUCCAUGUACAACACAGACUUCAAAAUGAACUUCAGCAAGGAGAAGAGCCAUCAGAUGAUCAUGCUGGAGAAACAUGCCAUGGAGGCAUUCCUGGCCAAGGCCAAACUGAAAGAUAAAGAUCAGAUGAGCCUGAAGCUCACUAACACUGGAGAAAGGGUUGAGAAGAUCAUAACUGAUGUGGAAGAAGUGAAGGAGGUUGUUAUCGGCAUGGAGCGCCCACCGAAGGAAAAGAUUGCUUUUGACGAGUCGGGUGGUAAAGCAGUGGAAAGCAAAGCUAGCAAGGAGCCUGAGUAUGAUUAUGGCUUUGAUCCAAAAGAAGAGCUCGAGCAACUACACAUCAAGUUUGAACACUUGGAGCUUAAACUUGCUGACCAGAAUGACCACAUGCAGCGCCAAAAUGCACAAAUGGAUAUCGUCCUCCAGCAGUUGCAGCAUCUUAUUGAUAAGAAACCCAGGAAACGAAAACCACGAACGACACUGCCUCCUGCCUCGGAUGAGGACCAUGGAGAGCGGACACCAAGAAGAUUGCCGCUGGUCGAGUCAUCAAUUGCCUGAUAGAGGGAGCUCUGUAAAUCAUGGAUGGCCGCCACUAAUUUAUAUCCCUGAAUGAAAAAGGAAUUGAUAAUGUAAACGGACCAAGUGCCAAUGUUUACGGUGCGGGUAUCAUUCUAACCCAUUUUGAGUCGGUCUCCUCUAUUUUGAUCAAACAGUUAUCAAUCAAACAUUUGCUGUGAUAUUAAUAGUUCCUUCUUAACUGUGAUACAUUCAAGAUAAUAUGAAACCUUCUUAGCCAGUUGCUGUAAUGCCAACAAUUAUAACCAUAUAGUUGAACAAUAUGAGGAGUAUGGUUAUAGAGAUAGUAUUCAUUUUCUUGUUUACAGAUUUAUACCCGUACAGUUGUAUGUAGAAUUUAUUUCAGAGAUAUAAAAUUAAAUUAAAAUUUAUUUAUUAUAGUGUCACCCCUAAUGAAAGGGCCAACCAGCUUUUUGGCUUAUAAGACACUAUUUACUUCCAAACCCCUAUCUCUAAUGCCAUGCGCCUGGUGAGAAGGCAGUUUGAACCCUGUAUUUAACUAGCUGGCAGCUAACCAACCGGCCGCAUCGAAAAGAGGUUACCAGCGGGCCUCGAACCUUCGACCUUCCGUUCACGAGGCGGACACCUUAACCACUAGGCCAUCAAGAUUGGUCCUAUUGUGUCUUGUUGUGUACUAUUGUACUAUUGUGUCCUAUUGUGUCUUGUGAUAUAAACGCAGUGAUAUAUUUCCACCCAGGUAUAAUGAUUCUGUAAAUGUAUAACUCUCAUCAAAACUCUGUCUUAUCAUAACCCUUGCAUGUUAUUGUCCCAUCUGCAUAUAACUGUGAUCCUGGACGUUUUUUGGUCAUUUUAUUCAUGAUUUGAUUUUGAUGAGUCUUCACCAAUAGCAUCAAAAGUAGAUACUGUGAUACUUUAUGAAUAUAUCUGGUUACCUUUGGUCAUUGACCUCCUAAACCGGCUUCAUUGUAGAAAAAUGGAGUUCUUCUCUGUUUCUGAUUAUAGAUAUUGCUGAUUAGUAGUGGCAUGGUGGAACCUCUUCCACCAGGACACUGAUUGUCUGAGUUUAGGAGACUGAUUUUCGUCCCAAAUUUGUCAUUUACAAUCAUGUAACCUUUGUAAUGAAGACACCUAUCUUUUGAGAGGGGUGUCCUCAGUAUAGAGAGGCUCUGCGGUGUUAUCCAAUGAUGAGAUAUUUGUAUACAUGUAUAUUCACGAUAAUGAGUGUUGAGCAUUCCAUGACCUGUCUUCGUCGGUUGGACACGAACAGAAGCCACCAAGUUUGUGAUGUCUUGUGGAUACUAGUGGGACAUCUUCCGCCUACCAACCACAUGACAAUUGAAUGUUAUAAUAAUGUCAGCUGUUUGGAUUUGAUAGCUGGUUGUUUUUGAUAGAUUAGAUAUUGAAUAAAUGA